AUGAAGUUACAGCGAAAAUCACUUUUUCAAUACACUCUGAUUAUAAAGGCACUUCUGUGCUCUUUUUCCUCUGUGCUAUCCUUAUCCAAGUCUCUCAAUGCAGACGAAGAGGGAAGUGUGAAUAUUGUAAACUGGUCAUCAUUCUUUGAAAAGAACCAACUGCGUAAGAAAGCAGCGCCUAUUCUCAAGAAGUCAUUCCUUGCAGGGUUUGAGCCAAUUGAGAAGUAUAAACAAGCGCGUAAGUUCCUGAUCAAGAGAGAUCAGCAGAAAAACCCGCCUGCAACCCAGAAUGUCAAUGAUGAACUAUAUAAACGAACGAUAAUAUCCGUUUUCUACACAAAAGAGUACUUUAAGAGGCUCGAGCUAGACUGGGAAGAGAAAGAGAAAAUACAUAUAUACGAUGUGUACGUAGAGAACUUUGUAACAAUGGUGAACAUGGCAAAUGUUCCGUACUUUUCAAAGGAGGAAGGUCUUUAUCUAUCCACAAAGGACAUAAACACAAUUCUUGCACUGUACGAAAUAUUCUCAAUGGACAAGUAUAUACGAAUUCCUACUGAGAUCAAAGAGAAGUAUGGAAUGGACAUGACAAAAAGAGAUUGCUUCAAGGAGAACAUGCGCAUACUCCUGCAGAACAAUGUGGGAGCUGGCUCCUACUAUAUGAAAAUACUCCGGGAAAUAAGGUAUAAUGGAAGGCCUGCUUUAAUGACUGAAGUGCCUUCCAGGCGCAUUGAUGAUAGAAGCUGGGUCAGAUGGAUACUAAGCAGAGAAGUUAACCUAGACCUCAUCUGGUACCUCUAUGCCACACUCUGCAAUACAGUAAAGGACAACGACAUGAAGAGCAUCCUUACGUAUGUCAGGGAAACUGCAGUUCUAGGCAAAAAAGGCAUUGAGCUCUUUAUGAGUAAUAAAAGGGCACCAAACACAAACUACAUUGGGCUUGCGUACUAUCUUGCCACUAACAACCAGCUGACAGUUAAGAGUAUAGAGGUGGUCAUACAGGAGGACCUGGAAAUUCCUGAAAUGCACUUCAGUUCUGUCAUGGAGGUGUUCCAGCUUGUGGAGGUUGUGUACAUGCGGUCACUUGGAAAUCUGCGAAGAAUCCAGAAUAACCUGACGCUUGUUAAUAUUGUUUUGGACUUUGAGAAGAAGAGAUCUGAGAGACAAAUGAAGCAGAUCAUGCAAGGGUUCGUUAUCUAUGACUACUUAUCUCUGAAUGAGCUUGCAAAGAAGCAGCUGCUGGCCCUGAAUAUUACUGAAAUUGGGUUUAUGAAGGAAAUAGACAGAGAGCGUAUAUGUGUAGAUAAAACGCACCCGUGCCUCUAUAAGCUUAACCACAGAAGACCGAACUUCCUAGGUAAGUUCUCAAUUCCUUUGAAAAACACAACCACAUUAAUGACUCUUGUCUCUCCGUAUCACUACGUGUUUGAAGAGCUAAAUCUAGAAAGACUUCCAAACCUUAUAGAGCUAAAGAUCUCUCUGCCUGAGAAUGACAUGGAAGAGCCUUACAAGGACUCAGAGCUGCCGACUAUUGUCAGAGAAAGGAUGGACAUCCAGACAGUCAGACUAUUUGGGGACAGUGACUCGCAAGAGCCUUCUUAUGUUGACAUGUUCAAAAAGGUCUUGAAAAUAAACAGCCUGGAGAGCGUAGACAUAACAGAAGUGGCCAUCAUGAAUUCUGAAAUUCUUUCCGUGAUUGAGUCUAAAGAGAACCUAGUCAAAAAAAGCAUAAAAGUAUUUGGAUUUACAUUCUUUGACCCAGGGUACGAUGUGGCUAAGAAUGGCGGUGAAGAGUUUGUCAGUAUGCAAACAACUAUGCAAAGGAUUUUUAAUGCUUUUCCAAGCCUGGAACGAAUGGAUGUGACAAUCAUGAAUGACAAAGUAGAGGCAGCUUCACUAAUUCAGGACCUUCUGUUUCUUCUUAAGUGCAAGGGAACUAAUCACACAGAAGAGCAGCUUCGUAAUAUGAUAAACAUCAAGAUAAACAGCCCUCUUUUAUACACAUCAAACCACAACUGCAAUGACAUCGUAGCAAUGGCUUUGAGUAGACUAUUUCCAUCCGUGAAAAAGAUAUUUAAACAGCCGCUUUCAUGCCCAAGUGGAGGUUCAAGUAAAGAUAUAAAGAACGCAACCGUAGAAGAAUUCAUGCAAUCCAUAAAGCACGUGAUUAAGCCAAACAUCUGCCUACCUGCAAAAGUAUAA